AUGUGGGCCCUCAUCCAAGAAAAUUGUUUAAAUCAUGUCCCUUUCACUAUGCUCCGGGAGCCAAACUUUGACCUCUUCCGCAACUGGCACCACAGCACACGGCUCUUCGACCAGUCUUUCGGGAUGCCCCAGAUCCCAGACAAGUGGUCCCACUGGCCAGGCUCCCACUGGCCCGGCUACAUGUGCCCCCCAGGCUCCUCCGUGGAUGUAGGCUUCUACUUCUACUGCCUAAUGGGCAACCCCUAUGCCUGCACAAUGUCCCGCCAGCUCAGAUCUGGCCUGUCUGAGAGGAAGCAGACCCAUGACUCCUGGAGGAUCAGCCUGGACGUCAACCAGUUCGCCCCUAAGGAGCUGAUGGUCAAGGCCAAGGAUAGAGUGACAGAGAUUAUCGGAAAGCACGAAGAGAGAAGAGUACAAGGUAUGCUCAGCGUCAAGGUCCCACUGCCCAUGCCAGCAGUCCAGGAAGGAGGGCUCURCAUGGCCAUCAGCAAGAAGUAA